AUGGCUUCCGCCUUCGCAAAAGCUAGCCAAGCAGAUCAACCUGAAAUGUAUCGCCACAGACGUCUUGAUCCCGAGAAGAGUGAGAUACGACUAGUGACAAUCCUUCCUGGUUUCUUUGACGACCCUCUUCGACUUAAAAUCAGCCAUACUUCAUUCAAUCCUUUGGGGCUCUCAAAAUCAGACGAUGGUCCGCCUCCUCAGCAUAUGCAAUUUCCAAAAAUGUUCAAACAUGAUAUGCUUACUUUGGCGCACGACUGGUCUGUUAACAAAACGAUUGACGAUCGAUGGUUAUUUACUCAUUGCAAAGAACUUCGUGAUGGAAACUUUUGGACUUCGUGGGACCUGCCCGUACCUGAGCGUCUCAAUGAAUUUAAAAAAGCAACAAAACAACCUGCCCCAGAAGCCCCGUUUUUUGAGGCCUUGUCCUAUGCGUGGGGAAGAUCCCAUCAUUUAGUGGCCGUUAGAAUUUCCAGUUCCGAGGACGAGGAUGCCAGGUCUGACGCUAUAUUGUACUUGCGACCUUCACUUGUUGAGGCACUUCACUUCCUCCGCUAUGAAGAUCGUCCGAGAACAUUCUGGAUUGAUGCAAUAUGCAUUAACCAGAAUGAUUAUCUUGAGAAGGGAACGCAAGUCCCUGAAAUGUGGAAAAUCUACAAACAUGCUUGGAGAACAAUUGUUUGGCUUGGUACUGACGGCGAAAACAGCGGGUUAGCAAUACGUUGUUUAAGAGAUAUAGCAGCGCAGGCCGUUUAUCUCAAGGACGGAUCCAGAUAUCCUUCUCCUGACGCCAAGAAUCUCCAACUAUUUCAAGAACCGUGCAAGCAAUUCGGUGAGACGGAAUGGUUUGCUAUAGAAAAACUGCUUAGUCGAAACUACUUCGAAAGACUGUGGAUUGUUUCCGAGCUUGCCAUGUCCAUGUGGCGUGCAGAGCUCAUCUGUGGUCGAGAUUCCAUCCCACUGUUGCAACUAUGGGUCGCAGUCCGUAGUAUCUUAUCGCUAGGUCACCCGCCUUCGACCAAAUUGAUUUCUCUUCUCCAAAGUGUGGAUGCCUUAUCAUAUUCACCGAACGCGCCAUUUACGGAAACCGUUCAAGCAUAUCGGAAUCAAAAGUGCUCUGAUGGUAGAGACAAGAUAUAUGGUCUGCUCAGUUUGGCUAGCACAUCUUUCAGUAAUUGUGUAACGGUGGACUAUAGAAAGUCUGUCGAACAGACGUAUCGUGAGCUUUUCAUAACCAUGAUCAGGUACUAUGAACGCCUAGAUCUUAUGCAGGCAUGUCGUCUCGAUCGACGGACAUCAGACUUGCCGAGUUGGGUCCCUGACUUUCGGAAGUCCUUCAAUGGUCUGCCUACUAUCCAGUUCUCAAGUGGAUUUUCCGAACCCGAGCUUGAAACAAUCUCAGAAAAAGUGAUAUGCGUUUCUGGUAUUCAGUGCUGUACUGUAAAGGAAGUAUGCGCGCAGUAUCUGAAGAGCAGAGAGAUUUUAAGGACGUUACGGGAGUGGCUGCAUUGCGUCCGUCGAGAUGGAAAAUACCCGACAGACGAAUCUUUGACACAAGUUUUCUUCAAUACAGUCUGGCUUGGAAACACAUGCGAGAGAUAUCCGGGCACAAACCGCACGUCGGCUGUUCAACCUGUUGACGCGACCUUUGAAUGGCUAAAUAGAAAACUGGGUGCCUGCAGCUUUGAAGAUGAGAAAGGGCAUGAAGAUGAGGCAAUGUUAAGUCAACUAUCUACUCUGUUACACGAGCACGAUUUCUUCACCACAAAAAGUGGAUAUUUCGGCAUUGGACCUGGAAUCACUCAACCAGAUGAUAUAGUCUGCGCCUUUCUCGGAAGCGAUUCUCUUACCUUGCUUCGUCCUCAAGGUAGUAACAGUUACCAAGUCGUGGGAAGCUGCUUUGUGCACGGGUUCCACGACGCCAGUGCCUUUCUGGGGCCCCUUCCAAGCAACUGGCGCGUGAUAAUCCGGGAUGAUGAGUACGGCGGCGCGGUGGUGCGUUUCCGCAACUUGGAUCAGGCGGGACUCGAGGUCGACUAUGCGGAAUCUGAUGCUGACACCGUACAUGACCCAAGGCUAGGUGAACUGUCUCCCUGCUGGGAAUGGGUAGAGUCGGAACGAACGAAAGAUGAACCGAGAAUUUAUGAGGAGUUCUAUGAUAGUGAGCUGGAUCGGUAUGUUCAUUCUGACCCAAGAAUGUCCGCAGAAGCUCUGCGCGAGCGAGGAGUGCCGCUGCGAAGGUUUUUCUUGACCUAA